AGUGGUGUUGAUGAUAUGACAAAGUUGGCUUAUCUUCAUGAACCAGGGGUUCUGUACAAUUUAAGAUGUCGAUAUGAUAUUAAUGAAAUCUAUACUUAUACAGGAAAUAUAUUGAUUGCUGUGAAUCCUUUUCGAAGACUUCCUCAUUUGUAUGAUAAUCAUAUUAUGGAACAAUAUAAAGGGGCAGAUUUGGGUGAGCUGAGCCCUCAUCCUUUUGCUGUUGCAGAUUCUGCUUACAGACAGAUGAUUAAUGAGGGAAUAAGCCAGUCAAUUUUGGUUAGUGGGGAAAGUGGAGCCGGUAAAACAGAAAGUACAAAGAUGCUUAUGAGUUACCUUGCCUAUAUGGGAGGAAGAACUACAACUGAGAAGCGGUCUGUGGAGCAGCAAGUCCUGGAGUCCAAUCCUGUCCUGGAAGCUUUUGGCAAUGCAAAGACUGUGAGAAACAAUAAUUCUAGUCGUUUUGGUAAGUUUGUGGAGAUUCAGUUUGAUCAAGUUGGAAGGAUUUCCGGAGCUGCCAUUAGAACUUAUUUGUUGGAACGUUCUCGUGUCUGUCAAGUCUCUGAUCCUGAGCGAAAUUAUCAUUGCUUUUACAUGCUUUGUGCAGCACCAACAGAGGACAUUAAGAAGUACAAACUGGAAAACCCUAAGACCUUUCAUUAUCUAAAUCAAUCAAAUUGCUAUGAACUGGAUGGAGUGGAUGAUUCAAAGGAAUAUGUCACAACCAGGAGAGCUAUGGAUGUUGUUGGGAUCAGUUCUGAUGACCAGGAUGCAAUAUUUCGGGUUGUUGCAGCAAUACUCCAUUUGGGCAACAUUGAAUUUGCUAAGGGAGAGGAACCAGAUUCUUCAAAACCUAAGGAUGAUAAAUCUUGGUUUCAUCUCAAAACAGUGGCUGAACUUCUCAUGUGUGAUGAGAAGUCUCUUGAAGACUCCUUAUGCAAACGUGUCAUUGUGACCAGGGGUGAAAGCAUAACAAAGUGUCUUGAUCCAAACUCUGCAGCUGUCAAUAGAGAUGCUUUAGCUAAAGUUGUUUAUUCGAGAUUAUUUGAUUGGCUUGUGAACAAAAUAAAUAAUUCUAUUGGUCAAGAUCCGAAUUCAAAAAUUCUAAUCGGAGUUUUGGAUAUUUAUGGAUUUGAGAGUUUCAAGACAAACAGCUUUGAGCAGUUUUGUAUCAAUUUGACAAAUGAAAAGCUGCAGCAACACUUUAACCAGCAUGUUUUCAAAAUGGAGCAAGAAGAAUAUACGAGGGAAAAAAUUAACUGGAGCUAUAUAGAGUUCAUUGAUAAUCAGGAUGUUCUUGAUCUUAUUGAUAAGAAACCCGGUGGCAUCAUUGCUCUUCUGGAUGAAGCUUGUAUGUUUCCUCGAUCAACAUAUGAGACUUUUGCGCAGAAACUAUACCAGACUUUCAAAGACAAUAAGCGUUUUAGCAAGCCAAAGUUGGCACGUACCGAUUUCACCAUUGCUCACUAUGCUGGUGAUGUCACAUACCAGACUGAGUUAUUUCUGGACAAGAACAAAGAUUAUGUUGUUGCUGAGCAUCAAGCCCUUCUGAGUGCUUCUGGAUGCCCCUUUGUGUCAGCGUUAUUCCCACCUUCACCUGAGGAAUCCACCAAAUCAUCAAAGUUCUCAUCCAUAGGUUCUCGCUUUAAGCAACAAUUGCAAACAUUGCUUGAAACACUGAAUGCCACUGAACCACAUUACAUACGGUGUGUUAAGCCGAACAAUGUUCUCAAGCCAGGAAUCUUUGAGAAUUCUAAUGUUUUACAGCAACUACGUUGUGGGGGUGUUAUGGAGGCAAUUAGGAUUAGUUGUGCUGGAUAUCCCACAAGAAAGCCAUUUCGUGAGUUUUUAACUCGUUUUCGCAUCUUGGCACCAAAUGUCUUGGAUGUCAGCCAUGAUGAGGUCGUUGCUUGCAAGAGGCUUCUUGAGAAGGUGGACCUCAAAGGUUACCAGAUUGGAAGAACAAAGUUGUUUCUGAGAGCAGGUCAGAUGGCAGAACUAGAUGCUCGGCGAAAAGAGGUACUAGGAAGAUCAGCAAGCAUCAUCCAGAGGAAAGUUCGAUCUUAUUUGUGUCAUAAGCGGUUCAUCUCAUUGCGGUUGUCUGCGAUACAAAUCCAAACCUAUUGUAGAGGACAAAAUGCACUCCAUCAGUUUGAGAGAAUGAGAAGAGAAGCUGCUUGUGUGAAAAUCCAGAAAUAUUUGCGCAGGUAUCUUGCUGGGAAAGCUUACCAUACAUUGUGCUCUUCAGCCAUUUCUAUUCAAUCAGGCAUGCGCAGGAUGGCUGCUCGUGAUGAGCUUUGGUUUAGAAAGCAGACAAAAGCAACAAUUAUUAUCCAGAGUCAUUGCCGACGAUACUUAGCUCGCAAUUAUUAUUUAAAGAUGAAGAAAGCAGCAAUUGCCGUACAAUGUGCCCAAAGAGCAAAAAUUGCCCGCCGAGAAUUAAGGAAGCUUAGAAUGGCUGCCAAGGAAACUGCUGCUCUCCAAGCUGCUAAAAGUAAAUUGGAAAAGGAAGUUGAAGAACUUACAUGGCGUCUGCAGCUAGAGAAACAAAUGAGGGCUGAUCUUGAGGAAGAAAAAACACAGGAAAAUGCAAACUUGCAGGCCGCUUUACAACAGAUGCAACAACAAUUCCACGAAACAAAGUCACUGCUUAUCAGGGAGCAAGAGGCUGCAAAGAAAGCAGCUGAACAAGUUCCAAUUGUUCAGGAAGUCCCUGUUAUUGAUAAUGAAAUGAUGAAUAAACUUACUGAAGAAAAUGAACAACUCAAGGCUCUGGUAGGAUCACUGGAAAAAAAAAUUGAUGAAACAGAGAAGAAAUUUGAAGAAACAAAUCAACUUUGUGAAGAGCGGCUUAAGCAGGCUUUGGAUGCAGAAUCAAUUAUACAGAUGCAACAACAAUUCCAGGAAACGAAGUCACUGCUUAUCAAGGAGCAAGAGGCUACAAAGAAAGCAGCUGAACAAGUUUCAAUUGUUCAGGAAGUCCCUGUUAUUGAUAAUGAAAUGAUGAAUAAACUUACUGAAGAAAAUGAACAACUCAAGGCUCUGGUAAGAUCACUGGAAAAAAAAAAUGAUGAAACAGAGAAGAAAUUUGAAGAAACUAAUAAACUUUGUGAAGAGCGGCUGAAGCAGGCUUUGGAUGCAGAAUCAAUUAUACAGAUGCAACAACAAUUCCAGGAAACGAAGUCACUGCUUAUCAAGAAGGAAGAGGUUGCAAAGAAAGCAGCUGAAAAAGUUCCAAUUGUUCAAGAAGUCCCUGUUAUUGAUAAUGAAAUGAUGAAUAAACUUACUGAAGAAAAUGAACAACUCAAGGCUCUGGUAAGAUCACUGGAAAAAAAAAAUGAUGAAACAGAGAAGAAAUUUGAAGAAACAAAUCAACUUCUUGAAGAGCGGCUGAAGCAGGCUUUGGAUGCAGAAUCAAUUAUACAGAUGCAACAACAAUUCCAGGAAACGAAGUCACUGCUUAUCAAGGAGCAAGAGGUUGCAAAGAAAGCAGCUGAACAAGUUCCAAUUGUUCAAGAAGUCCCUGUUAUUGAUAAUGAAAUGAUGAAUAAACUUACUGAAGAAAAUGAACAACUCAAGGCUCUGGUAAGAUCACUGGAAAAAAAAAUUGAUGAAACAGAGAAGAAAUUUGAAGAAACAAAUCAACUUCUUGAAGAGCGGCUGAAGCAGGCUUUGGAUGCAGAAUCAAUUAUACAGAUGCAACAACAAUUCCAUGAAACGAAGGUGCUGCUUAUGAAGGAGCAAGAGGCUGCAACGAAAGUAACUGAACAACUUCCAAUUGUUCAGGAAGUCCCUGUUAUUGAUAAUGAAAUGAUGAAUAAACUUACUGAAGAAAAUGAACAACUCAAGGCUCUGGUAAGAUCACUGGAAAAAAAAAUUGAUGAAACAGAGAAGAAAUUUGAAGAAACAAAUAAUCUUUGUGAAGAGCGGCUGAAGCAGGCUUUGGAUGCAGAAUCAAAGAUAAUUGAGUUAAAGACUACAAUGCAGAGGCUUGAAGAGAAGCUUUCUGACAUGGAAACUGAGGGCGAAAUUCUGCGGCAUCAAGCAUUGUUGAAUUCAUCAUCUAGAAAAAUCUCAAAACAAUUAUCAAGUGCAACUCAGCCUCUGGAAAACGGUCAUCAUGAAUUACAAAGUGCUGCCCCAGUUAAGAAGCUUGUGGCAUCUGAUAGUAGAUUAAUGAGAUCUCAAAUUGAACGACAGAAUGGAUCUAUAGAUGCUUUAAUCAAAUGUGUGUCACAGGAUCUUGGGUUCAGUAAUGAAAAACCAGUUGCAGCAUUUACCAUAUAUAAAUGUCUUCUCCACUGGAGAUCAUUUGAGGCAGAAAAAUCUAGUGUAUUUGAUCGUCUCAUUCAGGUGUUUGGCUCUGCAGUAGAGAAUCCUGACAGCAACGAUCAUAUGGCUUAUUGGCUAUCCAAUAUGUCUAUUUUAUUGUCUUUGCUUCAACGGAGUUUAAAGGCUAGUGGUUCAAAUUCACAGCAGAAGCCUCCUGUGCCACCAACUUCAUUCUUUGGAAGGAUGGCCCAAGGAUUUCGCUCAUCCUUUUCUUCUGUGAACUUUCAAGUUGGAGAUAUAGUGCGCCAGGUUGAUGCCAAAUAUCCAGCUUUGCUUUUUAAGCAGCAGCUAACAGCAUAUGUAGAAACAAUUUAUGGGAUCAUUCGAGACAACUUGAAAAAGGAUCUGUCACCUCUUCUUUCUUCUUGUAUCCAGGCACCAAGGAUGUCAAAAGGAAAUUCUAUUAGAUCAUCUUCUAUAAGUCCAUCUGUGCAGUCAUCUAGCAAUGGUCCCGCAUCUAGUCCCUGGAGCAGCAUUAUUGAGAGCCUUGAUGGGCUGCUUUCUACACUGAAAGAAAAUUUUGUGCCUCAAGUUCUUGUGCAAAAGAUCUUCACUCAAGUUUUCUCAUAUAUUAAUGUACAACUUUUUAACAGCCUUGUACUUUAUCGGGAGUGCUGCUCAUUCAGCAACGGAGAAUAUGUAAAAUCUGGUUUGGCUGAAUUAGAACUAUGGUGUGGAAAAGCAAAAGUUGAGUAUGCAGGUUCAUCCUGGGAUGAACUCAAACACGCUAGACAAGCUGUUGGAUUCUUGGUUAUAUACCAGAAGACUAGAAUAUCUUAUGAUGAUAUUACAACUGACCUCUGUCCUGUCUUGAGUGUUCAACAGAUUUAUAGAAUAUGUACGCUUUACUGUGAUGAAGAAUACAACACUCAAAGUGUAUCCCCUGAUGUUAUAUCUAGCAUGAAGCUUCUUAUGACAGAAGACUUCAGCGAUGAUGAUAGCAAUUCUUUCUUGUUGGAUGAUGAUUCCAGCAUUCCUUUCUUAGUUGAUGAUAUUUCUUUAACCGAUCAAGAGAAGGACUUCUCAGAUGUGAAGGCUGCUGCAGAACUUGUAGAGAAUCCGGCCUUCCAAUUUUUACAGGAUUAAUUCCUCGGUUAGUGCAUUUUUGUCUCAAAUUAGCAAGUAGAAACGUCAGCACAGGUCCAGCGGAUGCCACAACGUAAAUCCACCACCAUUUCCCUUAUCCCCUUGUAGGUAGGUAUUUUUGUCAUCACCUAUUGCCCUGGAUGUAGUAUUAUUAUUUUUAUUAUUAUUGUUGUUAUUAUUAUUAUUAUUUUCUUAUUCAAGAGUGCUUUUUUUAUUUAUAAAUUGGUCAGUCGAGAGGGGCUAGUCUUCUUCAAAGGGGUAUUACAGUAGGGAAAAUUGUAGUAUGUCCAGGCCUCAAUUUCAUAUUGUUCUAACAGAAUAGACCAACAUAAUAUAAUAGUAGUUGUCCUUAGUUGAA